AUGUUAUUUUUCUUUCUUUUUUUUUAUUGUUCAGACAGAUUAUACAUUUCUUUUUCUUUUCUUUCUUUCUUUAAUUUUUCUUCUGGAUUUCUUUCCUUUUUUCUUGUCUUUCCCUUUCUUUAUUUUCUCUUUUUCUAUUAUUCAGAUGAAAAAAAAAAAAUACAUUUCUCACAAUUAUCUGUUGGUUCUGUUUUUUUUCUAUCUUUUCUUUCUAAGACAAGGUUUCUUAUUAUUAUACUUCUUUAUCUUUUUCUAACCAGUUUUUAUCUUUUUUUUCUUUAUCCUAACAUUUAUGAUGUUUUUUCUCUAUCUUUCUUUCUAUUUUUUAUUUUUUUUUACCUUAGUUUCUUAUCUUUAUUAUUUCACAUUUCUUUUUUCCUUAUCUUUUUUUCUUGUCUUUUUUUUGUCUUUAUUAUUAUUUCAGAUGGAGUUUCCUUCUUUUUCUUUUCUAUCUGA